AUGGCCACUGGAUACACCAUGAUGGACCCCAUCUGUCUGGUAGAAAAUCAAAAUAAUGAUCUGAUAGUAAAUCCAACAGCACUGGAGAUUCUAGACAAGAUCAUCUCUCAGCCUGUGGUGGUGGUGGCCAUUGCAGUUGUGUAUCAGACAGGAAAAUCCUACCUGAUGAACCGCCUGGCAGGACAGAACCAUGGUUUCUCUUUGGGCUCCACAGUGAGGUCUGAAACCAAGGGCAUCUGGAUGUGGUGUGUACCACACCCCUUGAAGCCCAACAAUACUCUGGUCCUUCUGGACACUGAGGGUCUGGGCGAUGUGGAAAAGGGUGACUCAAAAAACGACUCAUGGAUCUUUGCCCUGGCUGUGCUUCUGAGCAGCAUGUUUGUCUACAACAGCAUGAGCAGCAUCAACCACCAGGCGCUGGAGCAACUGCACUAUGUGACUGAACUAAGCAAGCUAAUCAGGACAAAGUCCUCUCCUUGCUCUGGUGAAGUAGAUGACUCAGCCGAAUUUAGGAGUUUCUUUCCAGACUUUGUUUGGGUUGUACGGGAUUUCAUGUUGGAGCUGAAGUUAGAUGGAUGUACUAUCACUGAAGAUGAGUACCUGCAGAAUGCCUUGAAGUUGGUUCCAGGCGAGGAUCCCCAAAUUCAGAAGUCCAACAUGCCUAGAGAGUGUAUCAGGAAGUUCUUUCCAAAGCAAAAGUGCUUUACCUUCGACCGGCCUACAAAUGACAAAAAGUUAUUACUCCAUAUGGAAGAGGUGUCAGAAAACCAACUAGAGUGCAGUUUCCAGGAGCAAUCCAAAAAUUUCUGUAACUAUAUCUUCACAGAAGCAAAAACCAAGACCCUCGGAGAGGGAAUCAUUGUCACUGGAAAGCGGCUGGGGUCUCUUGCAAAGGCCUAUGUAGAUGCCAUCAACAGUGGAGCAGUACCUUGCUUGGAAAAUGCAGUGACAACUCUGGCUGAACGUGAGAACUCAGCAGCCAUGCAGCAGGCAGCCGACAACUACAGAGAGAAGAUGGCCCAGAGAGUGAGCUUCCCCACAGACACGCUGAAAGAGCUGCUGGACCUGCACAAAGCCUGUAAGAAGGAAGCGAUUGCAAUCUUCAUGGAGCACUCCUUCAAGGAUGACAACCAGGUGUUCCAAAAGAAGCUCUUGGGCACCAUAAAGAAAAAGAAGAAAGAUUUCUUGUUGCAGAAUGAAGAGGCAUCUGCCAAAUAUUGUGAAGCUCAGCUUAGACAGCUUUCAGAGUCACUGUUGGAAAAUAUUUCCAGAGGAACUUUCUCUGUGCCAGGAGGAUACAAUCUCUACAUAAAAGAAAUGGACAAGGUUGAACAUUCCUAUAACCUGAUAUCCAAGAAAGGAGUGAAGGCAAAGGAGGUCCUCCAGAGCUUCCUGCAGUCACAGGCUGCAACAAAGGAAUCCAUUUUCCAGGCUGACAAAGCCCUCAGUGCUGGGGAGAAGGCUCUAGCAGCUGAGCAGGCAAAGAAGCAGGCCGUGGAAAAGGAACUGCAGUUGGGGAGGCAGACAUUGAACGAACUCCAGCAAAAAAUGGAGGCGCAAGAGAAAAUCUUUCAGGAAAACCUACUGGAGAUGAAGAAGAUGAAGACAGAAAUAGAAAGCCAACUGAGAAAGCAGGAAAGAAUGCAAAAGCAAAAUCAAAGGGUAAGUCUGG